UUGUUGUGACGGGUGUCGAGCGAAGCCGGGAGCGGGAAGAGCGGCGCCGGCAGAGCAGCGAAGGAAGGGCCCCGUCUCGCUCUGCCCCGCUCAGUGCGCGAAGCGGAGGAUGAAUUGGCUCUUCCCGCUCUCCAAAGCCGGCAGCGGUGGCGGGGCCGCCUCCUCGCCCUCGCCCUCGUCGGCCGGUGGAACCGCGCUGCCGCCGACUCUCACCAGCCUCCAGCAGCAGAAGCAGCGGCAGAUCGAGUCCCUGCGGAGCGCCCACGCCGCUAUAGCUGAAAUACAAAAAGAUGUGGAGUAUCGAUUGCCAUUUACUGUAAACAACCUGACAAUAAAUAUCAACAUAUUGCUUCCUCCCCAGUUUCCUCAGGAAAAACCAGUCAUCAGUGUUUUCCCUCCAAUACGGCAUCAUUUAAUGGACAAACAAGGAGUGUAUGUGGCCUGCCCAUUAAUAAGCAAUUUCACAAUGCACUCAGACCUUGGAAAAAUAGUUCAAAGUGUACUUGAUGAAUUUUGGAAGAAUCCUCCAGUUUUGGCUCCCAGCUCAACAUCAUUUCCAUACCUUUACAACAAACCAGCUGGAAUUCCUCCCUAUGCUCAGAACUUUCCGUUUCUUUCUCCAUACCUACCACAAGAUACAAGUAGGUCUAUAACAUCUGUGCCACUUGCAGAAUCACUUUCUUCUGGCUAUGCUGCAGACAGACCUGCGGCUCCUUCCUUUGGCAUGAUAUCAGAUCUGCCGUUACCUGUUCCAACAGCAGAAACCAUAUCACAGGGGAGCCCAAAUGGAUUCAGUUACAAAAUGCCUGAUGUACCUGAUGCAUUUCCAGAACUAUUGGAACUUAGCAUAUCGCAGCUGACAGACAUGAAUGAGCAAGAAGAUGUCCUCCUGGAACAAUUUGUUAAUCUGCCCCAGUUGAAGCAAGUCAUUAACGACAAGGAUGAUUUAGUGAAAAGUAUUGAAGAGCUAGCAAAAAAAAACCUCUUAUUGGAACCAAGUUUGGAGACGAAAAGACAAGCAGUGUUGGAUAAAUAUGAACAGCUUACUCAGUUGAAGGCUAUAUUCGAAAAGAAGAUGCAACGGCAGCAUGAACUGGGCGAGAGUUGUAGUGCAAGUGCUCUGCAGGCAAGACUGAAAGUAGCAGCUCAUGAAGCUGAGGAAGAGUCUGACACUAUUGCAGAAGACUUUCUAGAAGGGAAAACGGAAAUAGAUGACUUUCUUAGUAGCUUCAUGGAGAAGAGAACAAUUUGCCACUGUAGAAGAGCCAAAGAAGAAAAGCUUCAACAGGCAAUAGCAAUGCGCAUUCAGUUUCAUGCUCCGUUAUAGGUUUUCCAGCUAAAUAGAAUUUCUGAGGCGAGUGAAUGAAUCCAGCAAAGCACAUUUUCAUAUAGCUGUUAUUUUGCAAAUAAGUGUUGCAUCAAGGUUGUUGGGUUUAUAGAAGAGACUGUAUACAGAACUGGGAUGAUGAUGAUGAUGAUUAUUAUUAUUAUUUUGGUACAAAUUAGGAAGUCUUUCUAUUCUCAUUUCAUCCGAGAAAUCCUCCUAUUGCAGUGUUUGCACUAAAUAUUUCUUGUCAUUAUUAUUGAUAAUCCUUAUCCUAUUUAAGUUCCUACUUCUCUCUCCACCUACUUUAUAGAUUAAAUAUUUAAACAUGUAA